AUGAUGGGGCGACAGAGAUGUGAGGCUGAAAAACAACAACAGCAGAAGAAGAAGGCGGUGGAGGUCUCCUCGUUCUUCAGGUGUUGUUUCACUUACAGGCAGCAGAACCAGUCCAGUCCGGUUCGGUCCAGUCCGGUUCGGUCCAGUCCGGCCAUGUUCAGACCUCUGAGGAUCCUCCUCUCUGCCACAAAGUGUCCACUGAGCCGCUGCUGCUCAGGAUACGUGUCCAGGAUGAGGUACGUGAACCGGCUGAAGGAGGAUGAUGAUGCGUGCGCUGCAGCGCUGCAGAACGGUCGCAUUUUUCUGUUCCACAGUUUGUCUCCUCUGCUGCAGCACACCGACAGAGGAACCUUCAGAACAUCAGCACUCACCGGGUCAGACUUGCAGCCAGUUCUGGAGAACCUCGGCUCAGACGGGUCUCUGUUGAAGGAGUCGGUUCUGAUUGGCUGCUCUGAACAGAACCAGGCUCAGUUCUGUCUGGACGUUGGAGAACUGGACCAGGCAGCAGUAGAAGAACGGUGUGGAGGAACCUUUGUGGAUCUGAGGAAGGCCUUCUUCCUUCUGAAGGGGGCUGAGGCGCCUCUGGUGGCCAAGGGUCAGGCUCUGCUGCGCUGGCAUCAGACCAACGGGUUCUGCAGCGCUACGGGUCAGCCGACCCAACGGAACCAGGCCGGCAGCCAGAGGUUCUGCAGCAGCAGCUCCACCACCUACUACCCACAGAUGUCUCCGGUAAUGAUCGUCCUGGUGUCUGAUGGGACUCGGUGUCUGCUGGGUCGCCAGGCGUCCUUCCCUCGGGGGCUCUACAGCGCUCUGGCCGGCUUCUGUAACAUGGGUGAGACUCUGGAGGAGACUUUGCGUCGGGAGGUGGCGGAGGAGGUCGGCCUGGAGGUCCAGAACAUCUCCUACAGCUCCUCACAGCACUGGCCUUUCCCUCACAGCUCCUUCAUGGUGGCCUGCCACGCCUCUGUUAGCCCCGCCCACUGUCAGGUGGACGUGGACCACUCGGAGCUGGAGGACGCUCGCUGGUUCUCUCUGGAUGAGAUCACCUGUGCUCUGCAGGUGAAGGCUCCGCCCAGGAGAGGCGACCCCCCCGCCAUCUGGCUGCCGCCGCCACACGCCGUCGCAAACCGCCUCAUCAGGGAGUGGGCGGACCGCCAGCGCCACGGAAAGGACGGACCGUAGCAUCCAAUCAGAGCUCAGAGGAGGUGGCCACACGUGUUCCUGACACGUCUGAUGUGUUCCUGAUGUUCUCCUUUUGUGAUCCCAGCAUGUCCUUAAUGUGUUUCUGACAUGUUACCAGUAUGUUCCCAAUAUGUUCUUCACACGUUCUUCAGGUGGUCCCAGUGAGUCCUUCACAUGUUCUUCACAUGUUCCUGACAUGUUCCUGACACGUUCUUCACGUCAGCAGGUGCUGCUCAUAGAGAACCUUUGUGUUCUCUGAUUGAACCCUGAAGAUCUCCUCCUCAGAGCUCUGAGACGACUGAUGAGAAACAAACACAACUGGUUCCACAUGUUCCUGAAUCAGGACUGACAAUCAUGUGACCCUCAGCCUUCAUCAUGUGUAGGACCAGGACCAGGACCGGGACCGGGACCGGCUGCAGCCUGUGAGGAUCCGAGUUGUCAGGUUUCCUCAGAGCAGCAGCAGGUUUAUGAAGGAACGUUGAGAACUCGUCCUGGUUCUGUAUGUUGAGGUUCUGUGUGUUCUCCACAGAAGAACCUGUCUGUUAGUUUCCUCCAGCAGUCUGAACACAAACAGAUGUUUAAUUUUCUUUGAUCUUCUGAAUGCUUUCAUGUGGUUUCAAUGAAGAGUAUUUUAAAUAAUUUAUGACAAACGUCAGUAAUAAUUUCUGUGUAAAACAUGGAACUACCUCUGAGUUAUUUACCGUCUGAUCUGAACACUUCAAUAAAACAUGGAGAGAUUUUAAAAAGCUG